UUCCUCCCCUCUCCCUCUUUCUCUCUCUCUCUCUCUCUCCCUCUCCUUCACGAGUCUUUCCAACCACAAAGGCUCUCAUACAAACACCCAACACUUCUUAGUUCUUAUGGCACCAAAGCCAUCAAUCCCCCCAAUUAAGAAACCAUAGCCCAAAAACAGAUAUCCACUUUCUUACUAUAUGAUGAAAAUUAUCAUACAUAUCCUACUAGAAAGCAACCAUACCUUCUAAGAAUUCAAAUCCUUUCAGUGCUAGAAAAUCAAAAAAAAAAAAAGAAAAAGAAAAAGAAAAAAGAAGAAGAUAUGGAGAUUGAAUUGGCGAAGUGUGAGUGUUGUGGGUUGAAAGAAGACUGCACCCAAGACUACAUCAAUGAAGUGAAAUCCAAAUUUGAUGGGAAAUGGCUAUGUGGGUUGUGCUCAGAAGCUGUUAGGGAUGAAGUACACAGAGGGAAGUCUGAGAUGGAAGAAGCUGUGAAGGCUCACAUGUCGUUUUGUCGAAAAUAUAAAUCGAACCCCGCCAUUCGAGUUGCAGAUGGGAUGAGGCAGAUGCUGAGGAGAAGGUCAGGUGAUCUGUUAUCGUCCCCAUCGUCUUCAUCAUCCUCAUCCUCAUCCUCAUCCUCAUCCUCAUCGUCACCGUCCAAGAAGUACACAAGAUCAGCAAGCACAUCACAAGUAGAUGAUUCAUCCUUCUCUUAUUAUUAGAUAAAAAACAAAAACAAAAACAAAAAAAAAAUUAGAAUAAAAGUUUGAGUAGGUCUCAAUGUUUCUUUGGUAGAAAUAAGGUUUAAUUAAUAGUCUUUCAUGUCUUGAAAUCUUGUAUAGUGGAUGAUGUUGAUCAUUAAUGGAGGCUUCUUCCUAGCCUUUUUUGUUUUCUUUAUA